UUUAAUUUUUUAAACUUAUUCAUUACUAUGACCAAUAAAAAAUUUUGAUUUUGCCGCCGAUACACAACCCUAAUUGUGAUAGCAUAAUCAUGGCGAAUCAACAUGGCAGAAGGGACGAGAGUUUGUAAUUUGUACACACAGUAGUUUACUGUUUGAUUCUCAUCAUAUCAACGUGCCAAAAUAUCAUAGUUCAAAAGCAAAUAUUUUCAAGAAAUUUUUUGUAGUGUCAGGAUCAUGAUCAACGAUGCGAUUGAAGCUGAAGAAACUCUCUUAUUUGGCAUAUUUAACAUGUCCGCUGAUAACAAUUGUUUUCAGUUUGAUUCUUGGUUUCGUCACGAUGUAUUUAGAAAGUACCAUUCCACCGCUCUUUAUUUUCAUCUCGAUUCAAUUUUACCUAAAUUGGUACUUAGUUCAUCGUAUUUGCCGAAAAGUAAUUAUUACACAUCCUGUCGACAAUUGUCGUGAUGGUACAGACAACGGCUCGAGGCUCUAUUGGUACUGUGGACGUUGCAAACAUUACACUCGCAGACCAGCACACCACUGUCCAUUUUGUAAAAAAUGUUUCUAUUUCAGAGAUCAUCAUUGUUACUUUCUAGGAUGUUGUAUAUUAAGACAAAACAUGGGCAAUUUUAUAUUGACUUGCUGGUAUGCAGCAUGUGGCUGCAUUUAUUCAGUAUUUGUCGUGGGACCUUAUUUGUAUGAAUAUUUCAUGCAGUCGGAUAUAAGCAAAUUGAACGUGUAUUAUUUUGCGCUUAACUUCUUUUUUCCCGUAACUCUUGCCAAAUUUUUACUAGUCAAUAAUGAGAAUGUGCAUGUGUUUUUAGUAACUUUGUUCAAUGUUUCCAUAUCCAUUGCUAUAUUUACAAUGAUAUAUGGAUUUUGGAAAUUUUAUUGUUGUUUUACAGGCAAACAAAGAUACUAUCCAAAUAGAGAAAAGUCUCAAGAUAUUUAUGAAUUAUUUGGAAGUUAUGGAUUUUUAAAUUUAAUUUUCCCUUUGAAUGGACUUGUGUAUUCUAGGAAUAUUGAUGAGAAGUAUGAAUUAAAAUAUGUUUGAUGUAUGUGUAUUUGUUAAUGAAAGAUUUAUAUAAGAUAGUGGAAAUCACAAAGAAUUUAUUUUGUGAUACUCUUCAAAAAUUUCAUGGAUAUUUUAUAAGAAUGUUAUAAUUUAUUUUAGUAGAUGUAAAUGAUUAAUACAUUUUAUCUCAAAAUAAAUGUAUACUUCUAUUAAAAAGUUGUUAUCAUUACAUUCUUAAAGAAA